CUAUAAAUUCGGACCUCAGUCUUCUCUCUUCUCCCUAGUACAGACAAACCGGAGAGGUUUGCACACCGUUGGCAACAGUUGGUAAUUUUGACGUGAUUGUUUAGGUUAGUGUCCCAAGUUUCCCGAGCACACGAGGUUGAAAGGAAUAAAAAUGGAGUAUGUUGAAGUUUCUGAUAUACAAAUGGAGAAAGCAAUGAUCAUGUGCUGCGAAUGUGGGAAUGUUAUUGAGCCAAAUCCUGCCAACAUGUGUGUGGGAUGUCUGCGUUCACAUGUUGACAUCACAGAGGGGAUUCCCAAACAAGUGUCCUUGCAGUUCUGCAAGGGUUGUGAAAGAUAUCUCCAGCCACCCAACGGAUGGAUUCAUGCCCCAUUGGAAUCCAAGGAACUUUUGACUUUGUGCUUGAACAAAUUGAAGGGAUUGAAUCGUGUGAAAUUGAUAGACGCUGGUUUCAAAUGGACGGAACCGCAUUCCAAAAGAUUGAAAGUGAAAUUAACUGUUCAAGCGGAAGUAAUGGGCGGUACAAUUCUGGAGCAAACAUUUUUGGUCGAAUAUGUUACAAAUAGUCAAAUGUGUGACGAUUGUCAUCGUUCGGAGGCUAAAGAUUACUGGCGCGCAUGUGUGCAAGUUCGGCAAAAAGCAAUAAACAGGAAAACCUUUUUCUAUUUAGAGCAACUUAUAUUGAAAUAUAAGGCUCACGAGCAGACACUAGGCAUAAAACGUAUUCACGAAGGUCUAGACUUCUUCUACGCAAACGAAGGCACAGCUAGAAAAAUGGUCGAUUUCCUGAUAACAGUCAUUCCAUGUCGUUAUCAACAGUCGAAGCGAUUGAUUUCGUACGACUGUCACAGUAACAUAUACAAUUACAAGUUCUCAUACAGCGUUGAAAUUGUUCCAGUCUCAAAGGACAGCCUGGUCUGCCUACCGCGAAAAUUAACUCAACAGUUAGGCGGGAUCAGUUCUAUCUGUUUAGUGUACAGAAUAACUAGUGCCGUGCAUCUGAUGGACGUUUCAUCGGGACAGAUUGCGGAAGUCAGCGCGCCUGUUUAUUGGAGAUACAACUUCAACAGCAUAUGCAACCCGAAACAAUUGACCGAGUACAUCGUGAUGGAUAUUGAAAUAAUAAAUUGCGAAGAUAAGAAAACCUUUCCCGGACAAGGAUCUAUUUCCAAAAAACACAUCAUAGCGGAUGUUUGGCUGGUAAAAGCGUCCGAAUUGGGAAUAAACGACAAUCCGAUUCAUUCGCGCACGCACUUGGGUCAUUUUCUCAAACCUGGCGAUUCAGCCUUAGGUUACUGUCUGAAAGAUAGCAAUAUUAACGACAGCAAUUUCGAGAAGCUAAGUGCGGACACGGUGCCCGAUAUCGUUCUUGUGAAAAAGUUUUACGGUCACAACAAGGCGGCCCGUCGCAGAGCAAGAAUGUGGAAGUUGAAACAUCUCGUCGACGAAGUAGUCAGCAUGAGCACGGAGAAUAACGAAUACAACGAAUUCCUGGAGGAGCUGGAAGAAGAUCCGGAAAUGAGACAGAACGUCAAUAUAUUCAGGGACUCUAGUAAACAGAUUCCCGUCGAUACUGACGAAAUAGACCCGACCAUUCCGCAGAUCACGCUUGAAGAAAUGCUGGACGAUCUUGUGAUCGAAGACACCGAAAUGACCGAAGAAUCUUGAGAAUUUUGCACGCGUAGGAAAGUUAAUUUCAAAGUAAAUGUACAUACAAUGUAUAUUCUAUAAAAAAAAAAAAAAAAAAAAAAAAAAAAGAAGAAAAGAGAAAUCUCUUUUCUCGGAACGAUAAAUUAUCUAAAGAAUAUACAAAGUUUGCACGGUUUUGUUUACAUCUCGAUUGUGUGUGUGUGUUUAUACGCGUGCAUUGUAAAACAUUAAAGAUGCGGUCAAAUUCUCACUGCAGAUGUUUUGAAAUAUUCUAUCUUUAUUUUACAUUUAACGAGAAAUAAAAAUAGCACGAUGUUUCGAAAUGUUUGCAGUUUGAAGUUUCGACUGCGUCCUAAGAUUCUGAUAGAAAGCAAUAACGCUCCACAUUCAAAUCAGUAUGUUGCGAUCAAAAAACAACCGACACGCGAAAUUUAUCUGUUUGAUUACGCAACAGUCACAACUCAUCAUCAUUUAUUCGCGUUGACGAGAUAUAUCGUGAUGGACAUUGGAAUAAUAAAACUUAAAGAGAUAAUAAGAAAAUCGUUCCACAGA